AGAAUAAUAAUUUUUUCUCUCUCACUCCAAUCUGCAUCAUCUAUUUGUCUCUCUAUUAUUCACUUCACUCUCAACUCUCAACCAUUUCUUGUUGAGUAAGAAAAGAAAAAUAUUUUUUUUUUGUGAUGAGGUUUCGUAAAAAUGGAGGAGAAGGUUCAUCAUCAUGUUCGUGGAGGUUUUUAACUAGAAAAAAAAAAUUUGAUUCUGAUGUUAACAACAAUUCUCAUAAUGGACAACUUGCUAAGGAGUUAAGUAUUCCUGAUCUCAUGGCAAUUGGGGUAGGUGCAACAAUUGGUGCAGGUGUGUAUGUUUUGGUUGGAACAGUUGCAAGGGAACAUGCUGGACCUGCUUUGCCACUCUCAUUUAUGGUGGCUGGAAUAGCAGCUACUCUUUCAGCUCUUUGUUAUGCUGAAUUGGCUAGUAAAUGUCCUUCUGCUGGAAGUGCUUAUCACUAUGCAUACGUUUGUGUUGGUGAAGGGGUUGCUUGGUUGAUUGGUUGGUCCUUAAUGCUUGAAUAUGGGGUUAGUGGAGCUGUUGUUGCUCGUGGCAUUACCCCCAAUUUGGCUGCACUUAUUGGAGGUGUGAACAAUAUUCCAGGAUUUUUAUCCUAUCAACAUAUUCCAUGGAUUGAUGUUGAUGUAGAUCCACUUGCAGCAAUUGUGGUAUUACUUGUUACUUGGGUUCUCUGUACUGGGAUCAAAGAGAGUACAAGGAUACAAAGCAUAGUCACAUCAGUGAAUAUAUGUGCUUUGAUGUUUGUCAUAGUAGCUGGUGGUUACUUAGGAUUCAAAACUGGUUGGAUUGGAUAUCAACUACCUACAGGGUAUUUUCCUUUUGGGGUAGAUGGAACUGUUGCUGGUUCUGCAACAGCAUUUUUGGCAUACAUAGGUUUUGAUGCAGUUGCCUGCACUGCUGAAGAGGUGAAAAAUCCUCAAAGAGAUUUGCCACUAGGAAUUGGUGCUUCAUUGUCUCUAUGUUGUGGAUUGUAUAUGUUGGUCUCCAUUGUUAUUGUUGGUUUAGUACCUUACUAUGAUAUCAAUCCUGACACUCCUUUAUCAUCUGCAUUUGCUGACAAUGGAAUGCAAUGGGCCGCAUACAUUAUAAAUGCUGGUGCUUUUACAGCACUAUGCUCAUCAUUGCUAGGUGGAAUGUUGCCUCAGCCAAGAGUUUUGAUGACUAUGGCAAGGGAUGGACUUCUGCCACCAUUUUUUUCUGACAUAAAUGAGCACAGCCAGGUUCCUGUAAAGAGUACCAUAUUCACUGGCCUUGUUGCUGCAGUCAUGGCAUUUUUCAUGGAUGUCUCUCAACUAGCUGGGAUGGUUAGUGUAGGUGCCCUUCUUGCAUUCACCACAGCAGCAAUAUCUGUGUUGAUACUAACAUAUAUUCCACCAAAUGAAGUUCCAUUGCCACCUUCUAUUGAUUCAGAGUCAAUGGAUGAGUAUGCUUGGAGCCAUUUGGAGACAAAUGAAAUAGAUGCAAACAAGAAACCCUUAGUUGUUAAAGAGGAUGUGUCAAUUUAUCAUCCCCUUAUUUCUAAACAUCUUGCAAUAGGCAACUAUGUACAUGAUGGUAAUAAGAGAAAAAUUGUUGGCUUUGUAAUAGCGUUCAUAUGCUUAGGUGUAUUUAUCCUCACAUUUGCAGCUUCUUCUACAUUUUUUACAAGUUCAAUUCGAUUUACAUUAUGUGGAGUUGGUGGUGCUCUUCUUUUGUCUGGAUUUGUCUUCCUAAAAUGUACAGAUAAGGAUGAUGCAAGACACAACUUUGGACACUCUGGAGGUUUCACAUGUCCAUUGGUGCCUCUGCUGCCUAUAACUUCCAUUCUUAUCAAUUCAUAUUUACUUAUUAAUCUUGGGGGUGCUACUUGGUUGAGAGUUUCUGUAUGGCUAGCAAUAGGAGUUAUUGUUUAUGUAUUCUAUGGUCGAACCCAUAGCUCUCUAAGAGAUGCACUUAAUGUGAAGGCUACUCAUGAAGUUGAUGAUACGAGUUGCACCCCCACAAGCUUUCUUGCUUAAUUUCAAUAUACAUAUCUUACAUUAAGCCAAAUAUUACUUCUUUUUGUUUGUAUCCCAAGCCAAAUAAAACCUUGCCUCUUCAUUAGUGGUCUAUGAAAUUAUUGUAGAGGAAAUGCAAAAAAUUAAUGGUUUCUAGGUCAUAGUCACACUUUUUCUUUAGAUAGGAGAAGAAAUUGACCAAGUGAAUAAUGUAUUUUGUAAGGAAGAAUACAAAUUUUUUAUUGUUGAUUGAAUAAUCAACAGUUAAAAGUUGUUUAAAAAUAUAUACA